CGCGAUGCUAGACAUCAAAAGCGUAUCGUUAAAGGAAGGACGGGUCCGCGUGUGUCCGGUGCGGUGUGUCAGUGCCAGAAAAACUUGUGUCCAACCUUCUAAACACAUGGUGAUCUACAGUUCCACUAAAACAGUAACAGAAACCCAAUUAAUGACCAUCCUAUCUAACACCAGUUACUCCAACCUGAUCCACCCACUGAAAAUGGAUGAAAAGAACCAACCACCGCCGGAUAAGCACGCAAUAACAUGCGAGUGCGACCGGUGCAAGGAGGAGAACGGCGACCUGCCCCUGCUGGUGCGUGUGAUAGAACAAAGAUGCCAAGCCGAGAGGUCUCAGGAACCGACGCCGUCGACCAGCAAAGACGCAUCAUCCUCACCGAGAAAGCCCAUGAGUUGUGAGCACUGUCACAAAACAUUUUACCACAGGGGGGACCUGAACAAGCACCUCAGGACCCACACCAAAGAGAAGCCGUACGAGUGUCGGCAGUGUAAGAAGAAGUUCGCCCACACCUCGAACCUGCUGCGACACAAUUUGCUGCACACCGGGGUGCGGCCGUUUGUCUGCGAGCUGUGCGGCAAGAGCUUCAGCAGGAAAGACAAAUUGGAGGAGCACAAGGGAAGCAGGACUUGUAGGAACGCGAGCCACCAAAGUUGA